AUGUUGAGGAAAGCCAUUCUUCGUCGAUUCGUGACAGAGACGCUAAAUUAUCUUCGGAAACGACCGGGCAAAAAUGGUAUGAUUAUUUCUUUCUUGGAACAUGACGCAAAUUUGUCUGAAGGUGCUGAAGCAUCACCAUCAGCACUUCAUAGUUAUUCGAAUGCGCUCGAAACAGAAAAUUCGGAUUUAGCGUUGGACUAUGGGAUAAGGACUUUCAUGAUUGGUACAUUAUUCGGUAGUGCCAUUGUCUUUCUCUUAUACAAAUUUCGGCUCAUUUAA